GGGGAGUCCUCGCCCCCGGCCCCCGCUGAGGCAGAGCGCCGGUCCCGGCCACAGGUAGCGAACCCGGACCGUUCGGCACCGCCUCAGCACGUGAGGAGACGUGCGGAGGACCGCUGGACCUCCGGCGCCCAUCAGGUUGAUACUAAAAUUGGAAGUUUUCUGGAUAUUAGAAAUUGAAUGUAAUGGCAGCAGAAUUUAUAAAGAGUUGUUGUAGAGGAUGUUUCUAUGGUGAAACAGAAAAGCACAAGUUUUCUGUGGAAACAGACUUUAAAGCACCAGUCUCAAAUAGCCAAACUACUGUGUGCAUACCUCCAUUGACUUCUGUGUAUGUAAAGCCUCAAGUUGGCUGUACUGAGGAUUAUUUGCUUUCCAAAUUACCGUGUGAUGGCAAAGAAGUGCCAUUUGUGGUGCCCAGGUUUAAGUUGUCUUAUAUUCAGCCCAGGACACAAGGAACUCCUUCACAUCUGGAUGAACUGGAAGGAUCUGCUAGAGCAUCUUUUGGAGAUCGUAAGGUAGAACUUUCCAGUUCAUCCCACCAUGGACCCAGCUAUGACGUGUAUAAUCCAUGCUAUAUGUAUCAACACUUUUCACCUGACUUGAGUCGGCGCUUUCCUCCUCAUUUAGAAACAAGAAAACUGUAUGGAUCUGUUUGUGAUUUAAGGACCAGUAAACUUCUCGGUUCCCCUGGGCUAAGCAAAUCUAUGUUUGAUCUUACAAGUUCAUCUCAGCGAUUCAUCCAGAGACAUGAUUCACUGUCCAGUGUGCCCAGUAGUUCUUCUUCAAGAAAAAAUUCUCAGGGCAGUAACAGAAGCCUGGAUACAAUUACCCUAUCAGGAGAUGAAAGAGAUUUGGGGAGAUUGAAUGUGAAAUUGUUUUAUAAUUCUUCAGCAGAGCAGAUCUGGAUCACAGUUUUACAGUGCAGAGAUUUAACUUGGCCCUCUAGUUUUGGAGACACUCCCACAAUUUCUAUAAAAGGAAUUCUAACCUUGCCCAAACCAGUGCACUUCAAGUCUUCAGCCAAAGAAGGUUCCAGUGUUGUCGAAUUUAUGGAAACUUUUGUCUUUGCUAUUAAACUACAAAAUCUACAAACUAUAAGGCUUAUAUUUAAGAUUCAAACCCAGACCCCCAGGAAGAAAACCAUUGGAGAAUGCUCUCUGUCACUCAGAACUCUUAGCAUACAGGAAAUGGAUUAUUCAUUGGAAAUAAUACCACCUUCAAAAAUUCCUGUUUGCCAUGCAGAACUUGAAUUGGGGACUUGUUUUCAAGCAGUAAAUAGCAGGAUUCAGCUGCAGAUUCUUGAGGCACAAUACCUUCCAAGCUCAUCAACACCUCUGACUUUGAGCUUUUUUGUGAAAGUGGGAAUGUUUAGCUCAGGAGAGUUGAUUUAUAAGAAGAAGACACGCUUACUGAAGGCCUCCAGUGGAAGAGUAAAAUGGGGAGAAACUAUGAUUUUCCCUCUCAUACAGACUGAAAAAGAAAUUGUUUUCCUUGUUAAGCUCUAUAGUCGAAGCUCUGUAAGAAGAAAACACUUUGUAGGCCAGGUCUGGAUAAGUGAAGACAGUAAUAACAUUGAAGCAGUGAACCAAUGGAAAGAGACAAUUACAAAUCCAGAAAAGGUUGUUAUCAAGUGGCACAAAUUAAAUCCAUCUUGAAAACUGAACAUACUAAUUUAGCAAAGAAACAAUUUGACAUUCUUUUAGAACUACGAUUUCAAUUUUCUAAAACUUAUAAAGAGUUCUAUCGGUUAUAAAAUGAAGGAAAUAUUUUGAAGCGGUGCCAAAACAGAUGAUCAGAUAAAAGAGUAAAUUAUGAAAUCGAUGGAAGUAUCAAUCCUAGAUAGGUAAUCUUACAUUGCUUUUUAAAGUUUUACAUAGAUGCUCAAAGCCUAGUAUACCAAUUCCUCUUAGUACUAUUAGAUAGCUACAAGACUUUACCACUAUCCCAGUGCUGAGCAUUAUUGAUUAGGUCUUGGUUCCACUGUUGAUAUCUUCAUAUAUAUUUUUCUUAAUGUAUAUUUUUUUCUCAAAACAAAAUUGAAUAGAACCAUUUUAACAAUUUUUUUCUGUAUUUGAGGAAAGAUUGUAGCCUAUUUACAAUUUCUUCUCUGUAAGUCACUAUUCUGUGGCAAUUUUGUAAGCUGCUUAUCUCCAAGAGGCUUUGGAAAUAGAAACUUACAUUUUAGCAAGAAUACUGAAGUUCGGGGCUGGCAGAAUAGCUUAGUGGGUACAGGCACUUGCUACCAAGCCUAACAACUUGAUUUGGUCCCUGGAAUCCACAUGAUGGAAGGAGAGGACCAAGUCAUGCAGUUUGUCCUUUGACCUCCACACGCACGUAGUGGCACACAUACACAGACACACACCCAAAAAAAAAUAAAUAUAAAAAUGUUUAAAAAACAUUUAUAGUUUAAUAGAAAGCCAAACUAAACACAUUUUGCUGUCUUCCUUAGAUAUUUUUUUUUUUUGGAGUUGAAGUAAUAUACAAAUGGAUCACUUUAAUUAGCAGAAUUAAAUGAGUUUAAAUAGCAAAUUAAAUAUUUAUGAUAAUCAGUUCUUUGUUUUAGUCUGUAAUGUAAACUACUUGUUCUAUAAUCUGUAAUGUUAGAAUAUUUAUCCCAUUUUUAAUACCCAUGUGUGAUAAUACUGUAUAGCAAGAAAAUACUUUCCUACUGCAGGUUUAUUUCACGUACUUAUUAGAACUCAAUAUAUGGGAAUAGCUUCAGCUUAAUUUGGCCACAAGAGCUGUGGCCAAAACAAAACAGCUUUUGGAGAAACAAGUAACACUUUCUAAUUUUAGAAAUACUGAUUUUAUUCUUGCCAGUCAGUAAAUCAUGUGCUCUGUGUUCUGAUCUUCCUUUUUUUUUUUUUCCUUACUUUGUUCCAUGCAUUUUUAGGCCAGAGGUCUACCUUAUAGUCUCCUAGGAAUAUAACAUUCUCCAUGCCAGUUCUUAUGUCCUAGAUAUCUCCCUAGAAUCUAAAAUCAGUGGUACAAAUGUAUACAUAUCUUCACAUUAAAUAUAUUCUCUUUG